CAAGCACACUUCGUGACAACUCAAAGACCCAGAAGCAACGGACAACCAUGGAGAAGCCUAUCGAAAUGGGAAGCGACUACAUCGCCCUUCCUCCAUGUCAGUUUUGCCCAACAACUCCCCUGGCGGAAGAUGGGCAGCAGAAGCUAGCUUGCUGUGAUACUGCCUGCAUUGAAGUCGCAGCUCAAAGAGAGUGUGAUGCCGAGAGCGAUACCAACACUGCCAGCAGCACGAAAGAGGCAGAGUCUACUGAUACACCGCACUGCGCUGGGGGAUGCUGCUCUGGAAAAGCUUCAAAUUCGAACAACAAGAAAGCUGCCCGAACUGCGAAACUCAAGGCUGCACGUGAACGAUAUGCCGCAACUUUGGAAGCUGUCGGCUGCAUCUGCAGAGCUCUCCUCGCUCGAAACCUUGAAACCUGUUGUUCGCCCCAUACAAAGCGAUCUUUGAGAUCAGCUACCCCCCGAGCUUCUACAUCUUCGAGCAGUCUGCGACCUUCUACAUCUGGAUGCUGCUCUGCAAAGGAGGCUGGUACAUGCAGCAAGCCCACCAAGAAGGCUGCCACAUGCGGGAAAAACACCGAUACUGGGGACGGAUAUGCGUCGGCCAGAGACAAGAUUGCCAGCUGCAAGCCAUCACCAGGUCCUUGUGCUUCCAAUACUGGAUGUUGUGGCUCGGGGAAACUCAAUGGUACGAGUUCGAUUGCUCCAACCAAAACGGACUGCUCAUCAGGUCUAUCUCAGAUGCCAAGUGACGCCGCGCCGAAGACUUCCAGUGAAAGUGCAUUGGCUGCAGCUGGAUGCGGAAUUGGCCCCAAGUCAAAGUCAGCAAAGGAUGGAUGCUGCACCGGCGAAAAGACUGAAAACUUGCUAUUAGCUCUGAAUCAGGCUCUUCGAGAGGAGGACAAGAACUGUGCCACAAGAUCCUGCUGUGCCAAGAAGAACGAGGUUCCGGUUAUUAAAGCUGGGUGCGCCAAUUCUUGUUGCUCCAAGAAGCCUGUUGUUCCAUCACCCGAAAAAUCUUGCGCCAAAGCUUGCUGUGGUGAUAAGGCAAUAUCAGCUCCUGUUGAGCAGGGGUGUUGCAGCAACAAGUCUACAGAAAAGUCCACCUGUCUCAAAGAGAACACCAAUGCAGCGAAACUUUCGGCCCCGUCGAAGGAAUCUGCUUGUGCCACCAAAUCUUGCUGUAGCAAGAGUCCCGAGGUUGCCAUUAAUGCUAUUACUUGCGAGUCAUCCGAAGAAGACUUAUCAGAUGAUUGUUGCAAAGCAGGCGACAGCAAGGAUGAGAAACUUGUGAUUCAACAUACGAAUGUCGCCAGCAAUAUCGACAUCGAAAAGGCAGGCUUGGUCACAGAGCAUAUCACCCUUAGCAUCGAGGGCAUGACAUGUGUAGGAUGCGAGAACAAGCUUUUUCGCUCUCUAAACAUCUUACCUGGUAUCACGAAUCUUCAGACAAGCUUGGUCAUGGCUCGAGCAGAGUUUGACCUCGAUACGAAAGCUUCUAUUGAUGAACUUAUCAAAGAAGUCGCAAAGACCACUGGCUUUGCCUGCCAGAGACUCAGCACUCAAGGUCAGACGCUUGAUAUUCUAGUCCAAGCUGAUGCCAGGGAUUUUGUGAACCAGAAACUUCCUUACGGUGUUGAGGAGAUGACAGCACUCGACAAAACUACUGUCCGCGUUGCUUAUGAUGCCAAACUUGUCGGUGCACGCGAUCUGCUUGAGCGGGGAUUCGACAGAGACAUCUCACUUGCCCCAUCUCGUCCGUACGCCGAGCUUGAGUCUGGGAGCAAGCAUGUUCGAGAGACUGCUCUCAUGACAGCUUUCUCCGCUAUCCUGACGAUUCCAGUGCUGGUUCUAGCCUGGGCACCUUUGAAGCCACGCGAAGUUUUAUAUGGAUCCAUCUCGCUGGCACUCGCCACAAUCGUGCAGUUCGUCGUCGCGGGACCGUUCUAUCCGAGUGCUUUUAAGGCUCUGAUUUUCACUCGUGUCAUUGAGAUGGAUCUAUUGAUUGUGUUGAGCACUUCCACUGCCUACAUCUUCUCAGUCAUUGCAUUUGGGUACCAGGUUCGUGGACACCCGUUGUCGACGGGAGAAUUCUUCGAAACCAGCACUUUACUGGUAACAUUGAUUAUGGUUGGCCGUCUUGUAAGUGCCUUUGCGAGACACAAAGCGGUUGAGUCGAUUUCAAUUAGAUCCCUCCAGAGCGGUGUGGCUCUCCUGGUGGACGAAAAAUAUCCUAGCGGACUUGAGAUCGAUGCACGCCUUCUCCAAUACGGCGAUAUCUUCAAAGUGUUACCCGAUACUCUCAUAGCUACCGAUGGCACUGUUGUAUCUGGCGAAAGCGAAGUCGAUGAAUCACACGUUACAGGCGAGGCUGUUCCCGUUGAUAAAUCGGCUGGAUCCAAUAUCAUUGCUGGAAGUCUUAAUGGAUCCGGCACGCUCACAGUCCGCCUCAGGCGACUGCCGGGGGAGAACACAAUCAGUGAGAUCGCAACAAUGGUCGACGCGGCCAAAUUUUCCAAGCCUAAGAUUCAAGAACUUGCAGAUCGGGUGGCUUCUUACUUUUUACCAGUCGUCGUCGUCCUUACUCUGAUAACAUUUGCGAUCUGGGUUGCCAUUGGCAAGGCUGUAAGGGAUCAGUCCGGAGGAACUGCUGUCGUCCAAGCUAUAACAUACGCCAUAUCUGUCCUGAUCGUAUCUUGUCCUUGUGCUAUUGGGCUGGCCAUCCCCAUGGUUGUUGUCAUUGCCGGUGGCGUGGGAGCCAGAUUUGGUGUCAUUUUCAAGUCCGCUGAAACCAUCGAGAUUGCCAGAAAUGUUGCUCAUGUAGUAUUUGACAAGACUGGAACUCUGACAAUGGGCCAAUUGUCUGUGGCUAGCGACGAGUACCUAGGCGAAAGCUCGUCUGCAGCUUCACUCGUCCUUGGACUCACCAUCAACAACAAGCAUCCCGUCUCCGCUGCUGUCGCUGGUCACUUGAUGGCACAAGGUGUUAAGCCCGCUGCAGUCGAGGAAGUCCGAUCCGUGACAGGUAGUGGAAUGGAAGGAAAGCUAAGUGCAGGCAACAUUCGCCUUCGUGGCGGGAACUCUCGCUGGUUGGAAGUUCAAGACAAUCCCCAGGUCUCGGCGCUUCUUUCUCAAGGCCGAACCGUCUUUUGUGUUGCCCUUGGCGAGGACCUGAUUGCAGUCUACGGACUAGACGACGCUCUCAGACCAGACGCCAAAUCUACAGUGAUCGAACUCCAAACCCGUGGUAUCUCCGUCUCCAUCGUCAGCGGUGACGAUGACGGCGCUGUCCAACGCAUUGGAAACGAACUUGGCAUUGAAUCAUCUCACAUCAGAUCACGUUGCUCCCCCGGCGACAAGCAAAAGUAUAUCAAGAACCUCAUGGACCGAAACAAAGACGUCAUUCUCUUUUGUGGAGACGGCACCAAUGAUGCAGUAGCCCUUGCCCAAGCCAGCAUCGGCCUACACAUGAACAGCGGAACAGACGUCGCGCAGAGUGCUGCCGAUGCUGUACUGGUCAGACCCGCACUGGACGGUGUACUUGUUCUGAUUGACCUCUCUCGUGCGGCAUUCCGUCGUAUUGUCUUCAAUUUCACUUGGUCAUUCGUCUACAAUACAAUCGCUGUAUUGUUGGCUGCUGGCGCGUUUGUCAAUGCCAGAAUCCCACCAGAGUAUGCUGGCUUGGGUGAGAUUGUUAGUGUGCUGCCUGUUAUUUUGAUUGCGUUGCAAUUGAGAUGGUUCAAGAGGAACUGAAGAAGAGAUUUGGGAAUUUCUAGCUUUCGAAGAGCAGCUUCUCUUUACAUGAUUUGAUUCUGUGCUUUGGGCACUUCACACAAUCUUUACUUCACUUACUUUAUUUACAAAGUCGAGAUGAGCACCUAGUUUUCGGAAGAAAUCCCCAGUAGUUAAACGGUUCAUCAAUAGAUUGUGCCGUACAUUUCUAUAUUAUUUUCGCAUGUUGUCUGAUCCAAGUAGGUUGGUUCAUCGGUUCUAUUUGUGAUGAGUAGGUUCGCUCCCCUUGGCUUACUUAGUCUUGAAAUAGUUGUUUCUCUACUAGGCCAAACCGCGAGGGAGGGAAGUGAGUUGGGUCAGAAAUAUAUCUCAAUAGAGUGCGUGAGUAUCGAGCUCUUCAUUCGAGCGGUUGCAGCAAGAGAAGUGAGAGACUGAUCACAUGUCACGUGACUCUGUACCUAACCUGAUUUUGAG